CAGUCACGUUGGCUGGACCGCACGCGCGCGACCAAUUUCUUUGUGACGAUUCGUACAAACGCGGCUGGUCCAAGGACUCUGUCAUGUAAAAAAAGCCGCGCGAACGUAGUGAACGAUAUCGAUAGUCGUCGGUAAUCGUGUACGGAAUAGAGCCCCGAGGCAGGGCCAAUUUCUUCCGACCCAAGGAGAAGUGAAAAGUCAUAUUGACCAGAAUAUGACAUGAAAUUGACGUCAUCUUGACUUUUCAUCUCGCCAAAGUCGAGUCGCCUCGUUUGUCUCGUGAUUGCAUGUGACACGUGACGUGUGACCAGCAGUAAUAAUGGCACCGCGCUUACGCAUAGCCGUUCCUUCAGUCGCCCCGUACUAAAACGACGUGCGUAUCGGAAGAAUGCGGCGAUAAGUAGGUAAACGCAGCGCGUAAGUCGAUAUUCAACAAAUAAGAUUGAAACAAUAGUUACGUGCACACACUCGAUGCGAUAGAGUCGCGACGGAAAACGUAAUCGCUUGGCGCGCGUGUCGUCUUCUCUUCAUUUCUCCUAUCUCAAAAGGAAAGCAGAAUCUCGCGCAGCGCAAAUAUGUACGCGGUGCUGCUGGCUCUUGACACUGUAUACAUUGUACGUUUAUGAAACUAACUGGUGUACCCGCAAGAACGAAAGUGUAUGUACGCGUUUGUCAUAUGCGUUUGUACGUGUGGGUGUGUGAUUCGCGUGCGAAGCGAAUCUAAUCGUCCGUACACAUAAUGGAUUAUAGUAUAUCGCUUAUUAUAUCGGUAUCGGCAUGUAACCGCGAGGACAAUUUUUAUCAUUCGUAAAAAAAUAGUUGACUGCGAGUGCAUAUCGAAUUUCAGCGUUGUUCUUUUCUCUGCGGGCUAAUUGCGUGAAAUCUGGUACGACGUUUCGAGAGUAACGUGUACUCGCGAUGUAGAAUAUAAUAAGUGAGCCCUCGAAAUUUCCCCGAAACGUGGCUUUACUACAACGGGAUGCUAAAAUCGCGGCUCCAGGCUGUAAGUGUCGCGACUUGUCGUUAAUUAGAGCGCCAGCGAAGGGUAAUCAGCUGUAUCGACUGCAUGAAAAGAGUUUGCUGCAAUUCUCAUGUGACACGUGUACAAAUGUAGAGUAUAGAAAUGAAUCGACGCGUCUCUAACGGUGUGCAAAUUCAGUUGAGAUGCGCAGUGUAUAUGUGUAUGUGUAGUAAUAUCGAUCGGACACGGUGAUCGUCCGAUUCGCACACGGGCAAAUCGAGCGGAACGCGGUGUUAACGCUACAAGAGAUUUUUGCCGAAAAGAAUACCGCUCACUCACAGCCGUUAUUGUCAGUUUGUCUGGACGUCACUAAAUAUUCAGCGCAUACUACGUACGCGCGGGCUACUACGGCGAUCGAAGCUCGUAUAACGCGAGGGAGAUUUGGAAAAUUUGCCGAUUUACGUUCCGCGGCGUUUUUGCUGUUGGAGCAAAAGUUGGGCGAAAAGAAAAAUUCGGGCCUGCUUCCAACGUAAUUAUGAAGAAAGGAACUAGUCGUCUCGGAAUUUUUGCACUUAAACAUUUCUAUUGGAGAAUGUCUGUUGCAGCCAGCCGUCGAGGAUGUGCGAUGAUGCUCUUCCGAAAUCCCUCAAAUUCGAGAGCAUCAAUGGAGCCUGGCACCAUCUCUCGAGUCCCGCAUACUACUCGCUAAUCGUGUCUACGUGCUCUACGAGCGAUGACGGGAGGACAAGAGGUACGUGCUGAUUUACGAGACCCGGCGAUUCGUGCGAUCGGUGGCGAUUGGUGCGUCGUUCGCGGCCGAUAAGCGUGUAAAAAGAAGCGUUGUCUCCGGGGAUGCUGUCUAGGAUGCACGAAAACGAGAACAUCUCUUAGACAGAUUCUUCUUGUCCAGAUUCACUCGGACAUCGCUCCAAGAUUUCGCUACGAAAGAUGAAAGAUAGGUACACACGAGAGAAAUUUAUCGCGACAGACGCACGAUAAAUAUUAUUACACGGAUGCGCGAUACAGGGGAGAAGCACGAUAUAAUAAUAAACCACGGGGAAUUUUUCACUUGGCGAUACAGGGAGACAAGAGCUAUCUUACAACAGCGCCAGGAGAUCGCACCUCAGGAGAUCCUUCUCUCGUGCUGCGCUGAUUUCUCCUAUAAACAUCGACCGCAUCUCCUGCACCUUGACGAUAAAUGUGUGUUAACAAAAAGGAAAGACCCGAGGCGCAAUGUUACCGACCAUAUAAAGAGCGAUCUCCCUCGAGGAUUCCGAAUUUGCGCGAACCGAUAUUCGACAGUAAUGAUACCCGUUUCAUCAACAGUAAUUCCAUUGCCCGUGUACAAAGUUGGCUACGGCUUGGGCUUUAUAUCGAAAGAUAAGAAGACCCAAUCAUCCAAACCGGAAGGUGGCAUAAAGCUGAUUACGAUCAGCAAGAUCCAAGAAAAGAUCUAAUACGAUGUAAAUGCUUUAAAUUAUGUAAUCAAGUAAUAUUUAUUGGAGGCGUACAUCUUCGGAGAAUACAAGCUGUACUGAAACUCUGCGAAAAAGCGCUCUGCGUUCUUCAUCAUUUCUUCAUAUCACAACAACCUCCUGCAAGUACUCGCUGUCUAAUUUAAAAGCACUACACCAAAAACAGACCUCUACAUAUGUUAAUUAUAAUACUUUUAUCAUCAAAAGUAUGCAUUUGUUGUCUUUAAGAUAUUAAAUCAAAAUUAAUAAGCAGACUUGUACAAUAUUGUAUAUACGAAGUUACUUGUAUGUAUAUUUACCUUACUGAUUGUGAUUCAAGACGUUUAAAAGCUUAGCUUAGAGAUAGAGAGGAUAAUGCAAAACAUGUAUAAUUAAAAAUAAUAUGCAGUAUUAUAUGUAUAUGUAUAAUAGUGACAGCGAGACAGAGAAGAAUACAUAUUUCCACUAUCUUUACAUUAAAAAA